UCACUGACAAACAGAGCAGCUGUGACAGGAAGAUGCUUUGGUGACAAAGAUUUCCGAGGAGGUCUGGAGAAUGGAAUUCUGCUGUGCGAGUUACUGAGCUCUAUUAGACCCGGCCUUGUGAAGAAAAUCAACAGACUUCCAACUCCCAUUGCCGGCCUGGAAAACCUGAAUGUUUUCCUACGCGGCUGUGAGGAGUUGGGACUGAAGGGCCCCCAGCUCUUUGAUCCUGGAGAUCUGGAGGACACAUCAACAAGCCAUAACACAAAAGGAAGCGACUGCAGCCGAAAACUUAAGAAUGUUCUAAUCACAGUCUACUGGUUGGGUCGAGCUGCAAACGGCUGCACCUCGUACAACGGGCCCACACUGGACCUGAACAAGUUUGAGGGUCUGCUGUCGCAAAUGCGAAAGGAGGCAGAGGAGGCAGAGAGUACCAAACAAAGCAUCCGGGACAGUGGCUACAUCGACUGCUGGGACUCUGAGCGCAGUGACUCUCUCUCCCCGCCGCAUCACGGCCGCGAGGAUUCAUUUGACAGCCUGGACUCCUUCGGCUCGCGCUCACAACAGACCCCGUCGCCGGACGUCUUGGCCACCCGCGGCAGCAGCGAUGGCCACGGCAGCGACUCUGAGUCCGACGCGCCCCCACACAGGAGGAUGCCAGACAUCCAUAAGGAUGAUAUGUUGGCUCGACGGACCUCCAUCAGCGAGCUGCGAACCGCUAUGCCCUUUAACCAGUACCUGCCCAACAAGAGCAACCACAGCAGUUAUGUGCUGACCCCACUCCGUAAGAAGAAGAGCGAUAAAGAGGAGGGUGGACAUAAGAGUUGGAGUACUGCCACUUCACCUGUAGGGGGGGACAAACCACUUAGUACUCCAGCUCGCUCGUGCUCAGAGGAACUCUUCCACCAGCCGUCAAUCCUACCAGGAAAUUCCACAGAGCGCUCAGCGAUUGUGUCAAACCCUGUCAAUGUUUCCGGGAAACAUUCCUCAGAGGCAGACCAGGGGAUCGGAGUCGCAGGUGCACUGAAGGUCACAGGUCUGGCUCAGCGAACGCUGAGUGAAAGUGAUGACGCACAACCGUCUUGGUUUGGCAGCAAUCUUCUGGCAACAAUCAGCCACACUGACAGUGUGUCAGAUGACCCACAGAGUAUGAGUAUGAGUGACAUGCAUGAUGAGGACGAGGUCGUGUUGGGACCCCACAGUCAGGCACGUCAUGAACUGAUGCACAACCAAUACAACAGGAUGAAAGAAGAGGAGGAUCACUGGCAGGAUGACUUGGCUCGAUGGAAAACUCGAAGGAGGAGCAUUUCUCAGGACCUGAUCAAAAAGGAGGAAGAGAGAAAGAUGAUGGAGCGUCUGAUGUCUGGCACCACCUCUACCUCACAGAGAAGGAAAAGCAUCAAGACGUACAGAGAGAUAGUGGAAGACAAAGAGCGUCGGGAGGAGGAGCUGCGGGAAGCAUACAACAAAGCCAGAACACCCGAAGAGGCAUCUGCUGUUCUUCAACGUUACGCUCAGCGCUUCUCCAUCAGCGAGACAGUCCUAGAACGCUUGCAGUUGCCUAGGCUCUUGGACCGCAGCGUAUCAGCUGACCCAACAUUCCCCCUCUCACCUUUUCCUCUCUCAUUCUCCAACUCACCAACAACCCCAGAACCAACUAAUGUGAACCCCAAUGGGCCUAUGAGAUAUCUGCGCCAGCAGUCUGCCCCAACUCCAAAAUUUACGUCAACAUUAGAGGCACAAAUUGAAGAGUUUCCCAAAGCAUCCUCCUCACAGCAUCGGCCCCAAAUCCGUUCUCGCUCGUCUGAUCCGCCAUCUACCCGUGCCCUGUCUCCCAUAUCAGUGCCUUUGCUGACACCAAAGCCUUCCUUCCAGUUCCAACCCACAACCUCUGAGUCAUUGCCAAGCAAGGUGGACGUCUUUUACAGAGUCAACGGUGACGUUGGAAGUGAUGACAUCACACCUGAGAGAGACAGAAGAAACUCUUCUCACUUUCAGCCUUCUCCCUCCAUAACCAGCAACCGUGUCACAGACGUGUCCACGUCAGGACCUCCAGCUCCAAACAGCACACAGACCUCCAAGACAACAAGGAAACCCAACGAGGCACAAGCUGACUCAGAACCGAUUUCUGAGAGUGUCCAAAAAGAGAACGGCACAACACUGAACAGGCCCACCUCACUCCCAACGGAACUGCAGAAGCAACAAGUAAGCUUUGGGUGCAACGAACCAGCUGCUGCCACCCAAAAAAAGUCAAGCAUUGCAGAGUCCAUAACUCAACAAACACCUUCUACAGUGGCCAAACAAGAACAGAGCACCUCCAGCCAGGUUGGCUCACAGCGGAUUCAGCCAGUAACCUCUGAGAUCAGCGCUCACAGUGCCCAGGAGAGGCCACAGAGAAAAGAGAGAGAGCUGAGUUUAACCUAUCCAGGAUCACUUGGACAUCAGCCUCCGUGUGAAACUACAACAGAGUUUGCAAAGAGUGUCAGGUCUCCAUUAGUGACCAGCAACCCUAAAUUGCGCUGGGAGUUCUUCGCUCCAUCAGAGGAAAUGGAGAAAGAUCGCCGUGGCGAUGAGAAGUACUACCGUGAGCAGGAGAAGCUGAAAGAGGAGUGGGAGAAGGCGCAGAGGGAGGUGGCAGAGGAAGAGAGGAAGUACCAUGAGGAGGAGCGACGGAUACUAGAGGAGACUGUGGCACCUCUGACUCCCCUCUCCUCAACGCUCUCCUCCCCCUGCAGAGGGGAGCACUGCUCCUCCUCUGAGCCCCAUGGCACCAUCGUGCGCUCACUGGCUGACUGGGAACGCAAGCAGGAGCUGCUGGAGAGACAGUCGAGGGCAAGCACAGAGAGCGUCGAAUGGAGGUGGAGAGAGAAUGACAGGACGACUGACAUCAGCACUGCAGACGACAGCAUGAAAACCGCCAGAAGCUCCUUGAGUCAAAACAGUUUUCAAACGGACAUGCCAAGUCAGAGUGUGCAGAACAGCCAAAAGGUUUCCCCUGUGUCCACAAAAACUUCCACUUCAAGCUUGAAGCAACAAGACGUCUUUGACAACAACAAGCCAAACCGGCCCGCAGGAGACCGAAGGAGCGGUCCCUUUAAUAAUAACAUGGAUCGCAGGUCAUCACAUCCAUCCGCAGGGAGUCCAGCAUCUCCAGACACACUGCCGCCAGGAGCCAACAGGUCUGUCAGUGGGAAGAAGCUGUGCUCCAGCUGCGGGCAGCCGUUGGGGAAGGGUGCGGCGAUGAUCAUCGAGACGCUCAGCCUCUACUUUCACAUUCACUGCUUUAAGUGUGGAGUGUGUAAGGGACAGCUCGGUGACACCACCACGGGGACGGACGUCAGGAUAAAAAAUGGCCUCCUCAACUGCCACCAGUGCUACAUCCGUUCCCGCUCGGCCGGGCAGCCAACCAUGUUGUGACGGUGGACAGAGAAGCGUGAUCCCAUCUGUGUUUCACCACAUCAUCCGCAAAACAUGCUUAUUUCUUUGUGUGUCGGGAUCUUUGUGUCCUUUGCAGCUCAACAGCCAAUGAAAAUUCAUCAUGUGGGGCUGAGCAGGGAUUGGAGGACAGUGGCAUGUUAAGAGGAAAAAACAAAACAUGUUUCUGUGGUGAGAUAUGUGAGUGAAAUUAAUCACACUCUGGAUUUGAUUGGUCUCUCAGUGAGACACUGUCCUGUUUUAAUUUAAAGUCGUUCAGUGGAAUUACAGUAACACAUAUUGAUGCUUCAAACACACA